AAAGAAAAAUUAAUAGAAAUAAAAGGGGAAAAUUAUAAGAAGCAGUUGCGCUUCUACUUGCUCGGUUUUAUCAAUAAAUUCCAAUUUAACCAGUUCAUCUCCGGCUUCAGCGAGUUUGAGAAGAGCUUGCACAAUAAACUGCUACUAUCAAUACUACACUCAUCCUCUAUCAACAAAUACACAAUCAAACAGAUAAACAAGCCAUUCCUCACCUUGGAAACUAACUCAAUUAGGUCAUUAUCUGAGAAUGAAAGGAAUAGACUCAAGUCAAUAAACAUUGACCAGCCUGAUGAUACCGAAGACUCUGUAGAUGCUCUACAACCACUGCCCUUCGAUAUAAACCUAUGCUCAGAGACCAGGCAACUUCCAUCUUACGACAACCUACACAAAAGACUCAAACUGGCCGUCGUCGAUAACGAUCUCACUAACUACGACAGCAGAUGUUUGGAGUUUAUGUCCACAUCUUUGAACAUCUAUCUUAAGAAUAUCCUUCAAAACACGCUUGAUAAGUCAAACAAGGUCAGCCUAGAUAAGCUUCGAUUGGCGAGGAACAACUGUUUGGAAAAACAUUUGGUUAUGAACGCAAAUAAAAACAUCGAGCAAGAAGAAGAAGAAGACGAGAUCAUCAUUGACAACCAACUCUUCUCGGAUACUCUCGGUUCACCUCCACCAGCACCACCACAACAUCACCCACCUCCGAAGAAUGCUCUCAAGAGGCCUCUUCAUGACAGUUUAAAUUAUCCAAAUAAAAGAUCGCGCAAGCCUAAAGCCGUGAUCGUUAGUUCAGACGAGGAUGAUGACGUUGAUCCAGAAUUUAGUGUUCAGUGAUCAAUUUUUACCAUGCACCUGUAUCAUUAGUUUAGCAAAUAAAAUAUACC